GCAGAACUGACAAGUGAGUCACGGGUCAGGGUACGGGAUGAGAGGUCGCUCCUGAACCCAGGCGGAGAGGCGAGGGUGGCCGGGAGAGAGUUGCUUCUCUUCCCAGCCUGGCCUCGGAUUUGGGCGGGGAGCGAACGGAAACCAUCCCCCCCACCCCGCCUCCGCCGGCGCCCCCUUCCCUCGGGGCCGUCUCUGGGGGCGGGGGUAGGAGGGCGGGGGGGCCUCACCCAGGCGUCCUUUAGGGGGCUUUCGACGACUGGGAGGUUCCUAUGUCGGCCCCUAUGGCCGGGCCGGACACCCCGCCGCCUGCGAGGGUGGAGGGGGGGGUGGUCUCUUUUCCUGGUGUUGCUGGAUCUGACCCUGUCUGCUCGUCCAUGGGUACCUUGAAGGAAACCAGGUUCCCUCGGUGCAGUGUCUCUGGAAGUUUGGGAAGGUGUUUUGUUAAAAUUCCUGUGGACACAAUAUAAUUUCAUAAGGAGAUAAUGGAUGGAGAAGAGAAAACAUACGGCGGGUGUGAGGGCCCAGAUGCAAUGUAUGUGAAGUUGAUAUCUUCUGAUGGUCAUGAAUUUAUUGUAAAAAGGGAGCAUGCUUUAACAUCAGGAACAAUAAAAGCCAUGCUAAGUGGCCCAGGUCAGUUUGCUGAAAAUGAAACCAAUGAGGUUAAUUUUAGAGAAAUUCCAUCACAUGUGCUAUCAAAAGUAUGCAUGUAUUUUACCUACAAGGUUCGCUACACUAACAGCUCUACAGAGAUUCCUGAAUUCCCAAUUGCACCUGAAAUUGCACUGGAAUUGCUGAUGGCUGCGAACUUCCUAGAUUGUUAAAUAAAAUAAAUUAUAAUAAACUGUUAACUUUUUCAGUAUUUAAUACCUGUAGUUCAGUUAGUAACUUUUUUCAUAUAGCAUGUUGUGUGUGGUGGGGGGGUGGUUGAGAACUGUAACGUUCAUUGCAAAGCAGAUACCUUCAGUCCUUUCUUUUGCAUAGCAAUCAGAGUUUAAAUUUGUUUUGCAACUUAAAUAAAGACAUUUUCACUAAAUGAGAAAUAAAUAUGCCAAUUAUUAGAUGGCUAUGCCUUAUCCUUUAGAUGUGGUUUUAAAUAUUAGAACAAUGAUUAUAAGUAAGUACUGAAAUUUAGGCAAAUACUACAGGUUUAUACUGGCUAAGUAUUUUUAGGGUUUUGGGCUCUUUUUGGACAGGUAGGUGUUCACUUGAACCUACCAUAUCAUAGUUGUCUAGCAUUAUUAGUUUAUGCAACUAUUUUGCAUUGUCAACUUCUGUUUAUAAAUAUGGCUUGGCCAAAACGUUAAUUUUUUUAAUAACUCAAAUACAUAAGAAUUGAUCUUAUGUGUCUUUUGAUAAACUGUAGUUGUGUUAGCACAUCAAAGUAUAUCUGCUUAUCUGUUUUUGUCGUACAACUUAAGUGGUAUCUUUCUUUUAAGAUCAUUAUGGAAGAUUGUUGGAUAUAGCUUUUGCAAUAGUGAAUUUUUAAGAACUUUAGCCAAGUUGUCAAUAAGUAACCACAGUACAAGAUAACUUUGGCUCUGAAAACUUGGGGAUAGUCAUACGAUAUCCUUUUUUGAACAAUCCAAAGUACUGUACUUAAUCAUCUAGCUAAGAAAGCUUCCUUUGCUUACUUUUCACUUACAUUAAUAAAAGCGCUACUUAAAGAUCAUGGCAAAAUUUGUCCAACCCCUCUCCCCCCAUCACAAAAAAAAAGGAAAAACCUAGAAUUGAACAACAAAAAAAGCAAUCAAAGUAAUCUUUAUGGGAUUUGAUAUGUGGAAUACAUGGUAAGAGCCUGGCAUAGACCCAUUAAAAAUGGGUUGUGAGAUGUUUUAUUUGUGGUCAAAUCAUGUCUUCUUUGUAUGUAGUGGCCAUAUAUAGAGUAUUACUGAUAUUAAGAAAUAAAGCCUAUACAUAACAAGGAUGAUACUCUGAUGACUACAGUAGUGUAAUAGGACUUUUACUUAGUUAAAAUAAACAUUACUUUAACCUUUAGGAUUAUGAAGGGCAAAUAGAAAUUUCAGUCAGGGUACUUCUUUCCUAGGUAUGGAGUUGAGAACACGAAGGUUGAAUUUCAGCUUCCUACUUUUCAAAUAGCAGAGAAUUAGUUAUACAAGUGUAAAUUUAAAUUCAGGUGAUUUAUUUUGGUUCACUACACAAAGCACCAGGAAAAAAUAAUUCAUCAUCAAACCUAAACAUUUUCUUCUUAAUCUUGAUUGGAAGCAAUUGCAUCUGUUUUAGUAAUCCUUAAGACAAACUGGUUCAUAUACACAGUAAUGCGGUAUUUACUAGUAUUUGCUUAUCAAGUGCAGGGAUUUUUGAUGCUAGAUGGUGACAAAAAUACUAAUUAUGUACAGAUAUGAUGAUCUUAUAGGUCAAGAUGAUAGCAGAAACUACAUUUCUAAUAGGCUCUGUCCUAGUAGGUUACCUUUUUAAUUCAUGGCUACAUUUGAACCCAUCAUAAAAUCCUAAAAUUGAUGUCCACAAUUCAGUGUGACUAGAAUUCAGCUAAGGAGGCAUUGUGUAUUUCAAAAUUGGUGGUAUGGUAUGAUAAGUGAGAAAAUAUUGAGGUAUUUUGUAUUACAUACGUAGUCUGGCCUUGUUUUCAAAAGUACUGCAUCCCCCAUUCAUGGUUUUUAUCCUCACAUUAGGCAUUUUUAAUCAUAUUCAUCUAAUACCCCAAAUGAUUAGGUACUUAUUUGAUUAAAGAGAUUCUAAUUGUUGAUAUAUUCAAAUCUAUAAUUAUUUCUGAAAUCAAUAUUAGCUUCAUUUUUAAAUUCCAUUUAAAAUUUUGCCAUACUCCCUUUCCUACAUUGUAGCAUUUGAAGCACAUAGGAUUCUAUUAUAAAAUCCUUUACAGCAACAUCUGCUUAUGUUCAUUGUCCCUUGAAUAUCUAAAUUAUAUAUAUUUAGUUUGUGGGUUUAAGUGUGUUUUUUGUGUAGAAAUCAGUGAACAAUAUGGGUGGUGGAAUCUAAGUAUAAAUACUAUUGGAAAAUGUAAUAAGCAGUUAGUUCAACACAAAAGACAGCAUAGUAUAGAGUGCAUGGAGAAUUAUCAAUGCCAGGAAGAUCUGGGUUCAAAACCCACGUUUUUCCCAUAAUGGCUAUGUAACCUGGGACAAGUCACAAUCUCUGCCCUAGGCUAUUCUACUCUCAGACUAUAAAUUGUAGAGAAAGUGCCAACCUUCAUUGGUAGAGAGGAAUUUCCUUAACUGGAAGUUCUCUUACCAACAAAAUCCCAGCUCCCAUUCCUGAUGAAAGUUCAGUUCAUGCAGGUGGAUAGAUUGUGUUCCCUAAGGGUGUAUACAUUUUAACCUUUUAAGUUUUAACUUUAUGACUAUCAAAAGUCAUAUUACAUGUUUUUUAAAUGCUUCUAUUUAAAAUGGUCAACUAAUUCCAGAAAUAUGUCCGGAAAGAAGUAGAAAAUCUUAGAAAUUUAAUAGCAGCUUAAGUUAACAGGUACAAAUUGUUUCAUUUCUAUCUAUACACUGUGAUGCUUUGCUCAAAUUGUCCAUAUCCAAUUUUGAAGUUGGAAUAGAAAAUUUUAAUGCUUGCUAAUCAUUGUAGGGGCAGUUGAUUUGGGAAUUUUAUUUGACAUGUAUAAAUCUAGUUUAAUUUUAGACCACACAGCUUUGUAACUUGUUAUGACUAAAUUAAACUGAUUUAUAAAGAACCUAAUGGUUUGUUAAUUUGGACAAAUAAAGAUCUGGAUCACUGAGAGAUCAAAGGGUAUGGUGAAAAGAGCCCUGGAAUGGAAGACAUUUUCUAGGAAGCAGUCAGCUUUGGACAGUUUCUUGACGUGGUAAUGAUGUUUAUUAAUAAGGUUACUAUGCCCUUUGUAAGAUGGUGAUACUCCCUCCCCCACAACCUAUAUACUCCAUGCCUUUAUUUCUUCAGUAAACAAGCCAUUAGGUUCAAUGUGUAUAUAUGUCAUGCUACAUGUAUGUAAAUCCAAAUGUGUAGUAGUAUACUUUAGUUUUUAUUUUGAUCAUUUGAAAGUGACAUAGAGUGGACCUCAUUUGUGAAGCCCCAAUGCACCCCUGUUGCUGCAUCUUCAUAACUAGACAUUAAAUUUCCUAGAUAUAUUAAAGUGUAAAAUCCUUAGAACAGUUUUGUUUACUGUGUUCCAGUUUCAACUCCAUGUGUAACAGUUAACUUCAUCCUGUUAUCAUUAGUCACUGCACUGUAAAGGGAUGCUGGGUGCAUGCUCUUUCACACUGUUACUUGUAUGUUUAGCUGUAAACUAAUUUUUCCUUUUCAAUUUAGCAGCUAAUCUAUUCUUUUGUAACAAAUCAGACAGAUUAGUCCCCACCUCUCCCAUUCUAUGUGCCUCUAAUUGAAAGCAAAAAGAUUAAAAAGUGUAUAAUUCUAGAUCCUCACUUCAGUCUCCAUUUACCUACUGCUUUUUCCCCUUAACACCACCACCCCUUCAUAACGGGGAAUAUUAAAAUGUGCUUGGAAACAGAACCAUCUAAAUUACCCUAUUUUAUGUAUCCAAGAGCUUUGUGUAUUUAUCAAAAAUAAUGUUUAUCAGGGUUUUAUUUUAUAGGGACAAAUAAGCCACAAAGUACAUCUGAAUUAGAUUUCUUUUUCUCCUUAAAACAUCCUAUUGAUGGCAACCCAUACUAAUCUGUGAACUUGUGUUACACUUGAUUAAGACAUUUUGUAUGCUGAAGACCUCUCUAUGACAGGGUGUUAAUUCUUAAGUUAUGAUUUAUAAUUAUUUAGAGAAGCUUGUGUGGAUGAUCUGGUUAAGAAAGCCAAGAGAAAAUACAAAUGCAGGUAACUUUUUAUUCAAUAAAGAUCUUUUAAAACCA